CCUUGCAGACAUUAUGUUAGGGGUUUAAGAAGCUAUUCUCCCAGCAGUGUACACCACAGUAGUUACAGCUCUCCCUGCGUUUUAAUUCUUCUUCUUGCGUUCUCCCCACUCCCCUCCCCUUGCCUGGGAGUGGAUAGUGAGGGGUCAGAGAGAUUUGGGAGGCGGGGACAACCCCUUUUGGGUAAAAAAAAAAAAAAGAAAAAAAGAAAGACAAUCACGUGGAUGAGAUCAAAGGGAUGCCGCUUGGCAGAGAAGGGAGAGAAGAGAGGGGGGAAAUAAGAGAGAGCACAGAGCCAUGUAAGUGACAAAAGCGGCAAUGGUGAAAUGAUCAGCCUGAUGUGAUCCCCUCCUGCUGCUGCAGGGAUCUGCUGUCUGGGACCAGCUCUGGAUUCUAUUUUAUAUAAUCGCCUGAAGGAUCUGCUUUGAUUAUUUUUUUUUUUUGCUAAGGGAUUUUUUUAUAUUUGUAUUUUGUUGGCUGCUUGCCAGAUCAGGGGAUCCCAGAACUUCCUCCCUAGUGGAUCCAGUUGAGUGACCUCUCAGCCAUACAGAACUUGGAAAUUAUGUUCCUGUCGGUGCUGAUUCCCCAUCCUGCGAGAUGAAGGAGCCGUGGAUCCGGCGGGGUGUACCCCUGAUCUGGCUCGCUGUCCUGUUAACUGUGGGUCCCAGGCGGUCCCUGGCCAAGGAGACUGCCUUUGUGGAAGUGGUUCUGUUCGAAUCCAGUCCCAAUGGGGAUUAUAAAACUCAUACUACUGAGAUACAAGGGAGAUUUUCCCGGGCUGGAGCCACCAUCAGCGCAGAAGGGGAGAUCGUGCAGAUGCAUCCGCUGGGCCUCUGCAAUAACAACGAUGAGGAAGAUUUGUACGAAUAUGGCUGGGUUGGAGUAGUGAAGUUGGAACAGCCUGAGAUGGACCCCAAACCAUGUUUAACUGUAUUAGGAAAGGCAAAAAGAGCAGUACAGAGAGGGGCCACAGCUGUUAUCUUUGAUGUCUCAGAAAAUCCUGAUGCUGUAGAGCAGCUAAACCAAGGCACAGAAGAAGCGUUGAAAAGACCUGUUGUAUAUGUGAAAGGAGUCGAUGCUAUCAAACUCAUGAAUAUUGUUAACAAGCAGAAAGUUGCACGAGCACGAAUUCAGCAUCGACCUCCUCGGCAACCGACCGAAUAUUUUGAUAUGGGCAUUUUCCUGGCCUUCUUUGUGGUAGUGUCAUUGGUCUGCCUUAUUCUACUCAUCAAGAUCAAAUUAAAGCAGCGGCGCAGUCAGAGCUCCAUGAACAGGAUGGCUGUUCAGGCCUUGGAAAAAAUGGAGACCAGAAAAUUCAAGUCUAAAGGAAAAGUACCUAGGGAGGGUAGUUGUGGCGCUCUGGAUACCCUCAGUAGCAGUUCCACCUCUGACUGCGCCAUAUGCCUUGAAAAAUACAUUGACGGAGAGGAACUCAGAGUCAUUCCCUGUACACAUCGAUUCCAUAAAAAGUGUGUAGAUCCCUGGCUUCUACAGAACCACACCUGCCCUCAUUGCCGGCACAAUAUAAUUGAGCAAAAGAAAGGUGGACAUGGUCCAGUCUGUGUAGAAAGUUCCAAUAGUCAUGGACGUCAACAGCAGCAACAGAGAGUCAUCCUUCCCGUCCAUUAUCCAGGCCGGGUACAACGAACUGGACCGAUUGCCGCUUACCCUACACGAACUAGCAUGGGACCUCAUGGCAACCCAAUCACGGUCCUGACUGUAGAGAGACCAGCAGAGCCAGAUCUCUACCAAGCACGUACACCAGCUUUUCUGACAGGCUAUCGUCCUGUAUCAUUGGACCACUCAUCUUCUGGGCAUCAUUGUGACCUGGAGCACCCUCCUUACCCAACUCCACCAGCUGGACAUACCUUCCGGCGCCCCAAGUAUAAUGGGCGUGGGUUUAAUACUGGCACAUGCUAUUCCCAGUAUGAAACCAUGUACCAGCACUACUACUUUCAAGGCCUCAGUUACCCCCACCAACAGGAUUCUGCUGGCAAUCAGGCCACUAGAGUAGAGAAAGAUCUUACCCAUCCUUUUCAAACUGGAGCUAAUCUACUUUACCAAGCUGCUCCUACUAUGCUACAUAUGGCAGCACCCUCUGCUGGUGGUAGCUGCUAUCUGCAGAGUCAGCACCAACACCGCUCUGUGUGCAGUGGAUAUUUGGCUGAUGUUCCUUGCAGUGACUCCAGCUCUAGCUCAAGCACUGGUUCUGCCCAGGGACAUGCAUCUUCUAGUGACUCCAUGCUGGACUGUACAGAGGCCAGCAACCAAGGUGUUUAUGGAAGCUGCUCCACUUUUCGCAGCUCUCUCAGCAGUGACUUUGAUCCAUAUAUAUACAGGAGUCGCAGCCCAGCAAGGACUGGAGUAGGGGAAGCUAUGGGAAGUGGGGGGGAGGCUGGAGCAGGGCUUGGGAGAGGGAGGGUGGACUGCAUACAUCACCAGGCUUUCCCUAACUCUUCCUCUCAAGAUCGUCUCUCCAGCUGCAGCCUGGAAAUGAAUUACAGCAGCAAUUCAUCCUUGGAGCGCCGGGGAGCAAGUGUAGCAUCUGGGGUUAACCCAGAUGCUCCUUUAUCCACUUCCUUAGGGGGUGGAAGAGACUGGCGAGGGUCAGAGAACUGUACUUGCUGCUUCCAGAGGCCCACUGGGGACCCCAGUCCAGACUGUGCAACUUUAUAUCUAGGUCCAGAGCCUCCACAAACAUCUGGUGCAGCCUCCACUGUAGGCUUGUACAGUGUUACCUCCAGUCUCUUGCAUCGGACAGACUCAGGAACAUUGCUGGGCCCCUCUUCCCGGCCCUGCUGCCUUUAUGAUGAGAACCGUGGAAGCUGCUACACAGAGGACUAUGCGGUCAGCAUUCAGUAUGCCUUGGCAGAGGCAGCUGCUGCAGCUGCUGCUGCUGCAGUAGCUGGUUGUGAGGCAGGUCAGCCUAUCCCCAUCAUUCCAGAGGAUCCUGGCUGUGAGGGGGGUUUGGACUGCCCAAGACAUGUCUCUUGGGAGAUGGAGGAGGAAGAAGAGGAUGAAGAGGAGGUACUAUACUGCCAGGAAGGUCCUUGUUGCAUGUUAGUAGAGGAGACUCGUGCCCUGUGUCGGAGCACAGGAGAAAAUAGAUCAGAAAACCUCACAGGCCGAGAGAGCCAUUCAGCAGACUGAGCACUAUGGAUACAAACCUCUAGGACUAUAAUGAACUUCUCAAAAGUCAUGAAAUCUUAUAUUUACUUUCUUAAAAGAAGAAAAAAAAAAUCACUUUUUAAAAAAAAAAAAAAAUCGUUUUAAGUUGGACACAAAAUUCACCAUGAUUUGGAAUCCUACACCGAUUACAACCACUUUUACCUGUUCAAUUCCUCGGACUCAAGAAUUGGAAAAUUUGUGUUAUUUGUUUUUUUAUCAUUUAUUUUAUAAAUAUAUAUAUAAAUAUAUAAAUAUAUAUAUAUUAUUUUUGGUUGAUGUUUUAGAACUUUUUCCUUGUGAGUUUGUACAUGCACAAGAACUGUCUUUUCCUGAUGAAAAAAAGAGAUAUAUAUUUUUUCAAUAAAAUAAACAAGAAAAUAUUAAUAUUAUUUUUAUCUGUUGGCAGUUAGGCCACGCAAAAAAAUUACACAAAAGAUGUGGGAGUGAUCAGGAAAUAAUUCUGAUUUCUUUUUCUGUCUCUUUAAAAAAAAAAAACUAACAAAAAUGGCAUACCACUCACCAGUCAUAAUUACAAUUCUCGAUAAUUAUUCAUUGUGUUUAUUUUAAUAAUAAUAUCUUUAAAUCAUUAUUAUCCUAUUUAAACAGCAAGCAAGUAUCAAGACCUUUUUUUUUAUUUUUAUUUUUUUUAUUUAUAAUUAAAAAAAAGUAAAAUGGUGUGCUUAAUUAUGUGCACAUAGAUUUAGGGGACAAUUAAGCUGCAUUCACAGCUUUUGAGGCUUUGGGAGCAACAAUUUAAGAAGCAGAAACUCCGUAUUUUGUCUAUUUGCCACCUUAGAAGUGACGAGGCACUCAUUUGUGUGCAAUGCUAAAUUUCAACAUCCGAUGCAGCACUGCAAGUGGCGAUUUUAGGCGGACAGGUUCUCUGCUUUGCAAACAUGUUCGCCUGCAAUCUUGAUAAAUUUUGCCCUAACACUCACAUACAUUUAAGUAAAACGUACACACACCAUUACCUAUUUUGAUGUUAUAUUCACUAUGUAUAUUAUAUAUACAUAGUGAAUAUACAUGCUUCUUAAAAUAUAUGUAUGUGUUUUCUUUUUGGCCAUAUUGAAUCAGUAAAAUAUGUUUCAGGCUCCAAUGGAUAUGAUGCUAAUAUAGACUCCGCCCUUUGGUCUUGAAUAUAUGAAUUCAUUUUCCUGUUGAACAACCAUAUUUGUAUCGUACCGUAGUCAAUAAUUACUAAUUAGAGUAGGUCACGUGCACACAGCUAUCAAAAAGUAACUUGUUGUACUCUAACCUGCAGUCUGUGGAAUAACCAGUUGGUGUCAGUAUUGUGACACCAAACACAAAAAAAAAUUAAAGAGGCAGAAAAAGCUAAUUUAACUCAUCUUUGGAUAAUACUACUGUAGAAAAUAAUACAAAAAAAAAGACUAUGGUCAGACAGCUGUUUUUGAUGAAACUCUGGUCUAUAAUAAGCUCAGGGUAACACCUGCCUUUGGUAAAGAUAUGUGACAAUUUAAACGUUGGAUCAGGUGCUUUGUAUGGUCACUAAAAGAAGUGUUGAAGUUUCACAGAGAAUUUUAAAACCGCAGUACUGAAACAUGGAAUUUGUAUUUCACUAAAUCUUAGAAGUCUGCAGAAGAAUAACUAGUGUAAUCUUAUGUUGUUCUGUUAAUCCUCUAUAUCUAUACUUUCAGUACUACCAGAGACCAGUUUUAAUUGGCCUCAACCCUUUGACUACCAGAGACAUCUGCAAGCAUUUAUAUUUACUGUUGCAGAUCUUUUUGGCAACCAAGUGGUUAAGCACUGAAAGACUUAUUGCUGCUAACAUAACUAGAUUGAUUUGUAAAUAGUGCUGGAUACAUGACAGGAUUCUAUAGUAUCUUUUCUGUCUGAAAUAAUGUGGUGAAAUAGAUGCAUCUUUUUAUAUGAGAAUAAUGCCCACAUUUUUAGGGCAACCUGAUCAAUUUAAUAUUUUAUUAUUUUAGUUCCUACCUAUAGGGAUUUUGUGAAAUGAAGUCCUAUUUUUAAAUUAUAUAUAUAUAUUUCAAGUCCCAGGUAACUGAGAGAUAAAAUUUAGUAAAUGUUAUCUUGAACCAACUGGUUCUCUAUCCCAGAAAAGAAAACAAUAUUUUGAAAUUUGUUAUUUGGCAUAUCUUGGGGUUUUUUAAUACUACACUUUUCCAUUAAGGAUAUAAAUUAUUAAUUAAGGGCCCUGACAUAUUUUUAGCAUGUGAUUGAAGAUAACCAGUCAGAAUGAAUAUUUUUGUGCCAUGCACUUACUGUAAUAAGUGCCUCGUGUGCUACUUUGCAACUAUGAAACAAAUAUUCUGAUUGGUUAGAACAAUUUACACGAGCUGAUCUAAAGUAGCAGAUUUUAGUUUCUUUCUUCUUCAAGAGGAUAUAAUUAAGCAAAUCACUACAUUAUAAAAGUUGUUUCUACCUUCAUUUUAUUUAUUAUAAUUUUUUUUAAAGUAAAGAAUACAUUUUGUUUGAGGGAACAAUGGCUGAAAAUUCUAAAUGCAAUUAAAAUUUGUGUUAAUUAUAAUUUUUAUUUCUGCGUUUGGUACUGCAGCUUUAACAGGAUUCCUGUAGCACUUAAGAAUAUAAUGUAAUAAAGCAAAGAGAUUUUGGGAUAAACCAUUUGAGUCAAAACAAUAUAUUGUUUUCAAAUCAAAGUUUCUCUUCAAUAAUCAGCAAUAUGUUUAGUGCUGUUUGUAAAAAGCUAAAAAAGAAAAACAACAAGAACCGUGUUUAUGUAAUGUGUAUAUGUGUGCCUUUUCAUUUAUGGAAAUGUUCUCAGAAUAUUUAUUUACUAAUAUAUUUAUCUUAAGACAAGUCUUAUGUUGAGUGUUAUUGGGAUAAUCAAUGAAUAUUUCUAACACAAAAAAACUUCUUUUUUUUUGUAACUGUCCAGAAAAUGCACAUGGAUGUAGUGUUUUUUUGACCAAAUUAUGAUUAUAAAAGAAAUUAAUUUUAGUACUAUACUUUUUUUUUUGUAACAAAGUGUACAAAUGUCAAAAAUACAAUUUUACCAAGAAA